GUGAAUGUGAGGGUUUGGAGACUUCUAGAUGUCUGGCAACAAGGGGGGCGGGUGAAGGAGCCCCAGGCAGGGCUGACUCUGGGGCGGAGGAGGGUGAGGUAGGGGGUUCUGCAUGAGCUCCUUAAAGGACAAAGGUAACCGAGCUGGCGAGAGAGCGCGAGGGAGACUCUGACUUCAAACCAGAGAAUCGGUGGAAGUGAGAGCGCCGCCGCCGCUGUGCCUGCAGCGCUGUCUAUCUAACCGCCGGCAUCUUCCGAGCCGGUCCCGGGGAGCAGGCGACGCAGGCGAGCCAAGCGCCAGCCGCUGCGGCUGCACUCGCGCUCACCAUGGGCUCGGCGCGCCGGGCGCUGUCCGUGGUGCCGGCCGUGCUGCUGGCCCUCACGCUGCCCUCGCUGCCCGUCUGGGCGCAGAACGACACGGAGCCCAUCGUGCUGGAGGGCAAAUGCCUGGUGGUGUGUGACUCGAACCCGGCCACGGACUCCAAGGGCUCCUCUUCCUCCCCUCUGGGGAUCUCAGUGCGGGCGGCCAACUCCAAGGUCGCCUUCUCGGCGGUGCGGAGCACCAACCACGAGCCCUCGGAGAUGAGCAACAAGACGCGCAUCAUUUACUUCGAUCAGAUCCUGGUAAAUGUGGGUAAUUUUUUCACACUGGAGUCUGUCUUUGUAGCACCAAGAAAAGGAAUUUACAGUUUCAGUUUUCAUGUAAUUAAAGUCUACCAGAGCCAAACAAUCCAGGUUAACCUGAUGUUAAAUGGAAAACCAGUAAUAUCUGCCUUUGCUGGGGACAAAGAUGUUACUCGCGAAGCCGCCACCAAUGGAGUCUUGCUCUACCUGGAUAAGGAGGAUAAGGUUUACCUAAAACUGGAGAAAGGUAACCUGGUCGGAGGCUGGCAGUAUUCCACGUUCUCGGGCUUCCUGGUGUUCCCCCUAUAGAAUCCAUUUCUCCGUGGCGUUCACCAGGUGAGGGGCGGCUCACCACUGAGUUAUUGGAAGAUCAUUUUCUCAUCCUCGGAGUGAUGUCUUAUUGGUUUCAUGGGUCAGUAUGGAUUCUCUUUCAGGAUCCCAGGCCUGUCCAGACCAAUCCAGCUUUACCGAUUACUUUUGCGUGCCUGCGCUCCCUAUGUGUGGAUCAGGACUCGGCAGACAAUUCCUAUCUGUGCGUCCGUGUAACCGUUAUAGACUAUCUGCAGAUUCCUUCUGAAUUUAAUUUCCUGGAAUUACUGAAUUCAUUGCAGAUGUGGAAUUUUAUCUAUUUGUUUUUAAAAGACUGGCAAGUGGGUCUAAGAAUGAGAAAAUGCAAGAGUUCCGACUUCAAUCAACGGUUAGUGCGAAGCUGCCAAAGAACUUACCUGUGUUGGUACAUUGGUCACGCGUGUUCUUAUUCCUUUGGACUCGGUUUGUUUUGUUCAGUGUAGGUACCUGGGAAUUGUUUUGCGGUGACUGGUUUUGUGUUUUCUCUACCAAUAGGGUAAUGAAUGGCUUGCCCGCAAACUUACCCUAUGAGAUCCCCAACAUGACUUCCCUUGAAAAAAAGAAUGCUUCAUAGUUUUAUUUUAAUUAUAUAUGUGAAAGAGUCAUAUUUUCCAAAUUAUAUUUUCUAAUAGGAAGAAUAGGUCAUAAAUCUGACAAGGAAAAGGUUGCUUACCUGAGUUCUACCUGCUCAACCCCUAAACUUCCCCAAACCGCUCUCCUCCACGGGAAAUCUUAUACUUUGUUGCUCGACUUUAAUUAACAUGAUUGAUGAUAAUCACUUUAUUAAAAACCUAAGGGAUUUUUCCCCUUAGCCAUGACCACUUUAUUAACAGGUGAUGGGAUGCCCUUGUUUUUAAUUAUACCUAUGUUUCCAACCUUCUGUUGUGUUUGAAGUAUCAUCUGGUUUUGCCUUAACUCCUUGAAUUGUAUAUAUUUAUCUGUUUAGCUGAUAUGAAAUCCAAAUAUCCCAUAUCUAAACUUAGUGCAAUAUCUUAUUUUGUCUUUUGUACAGAUCAUAUGAAUUCAUAAAAUUAUUUAUGUCCCUGUUAUAGAAUAAAGGUUAAUAUAUGUUA